AUGGCUGAAUCUGCGAGUGGAUUGAUUAAUGGGAUGCAUGGUAAUGCAAUUCGAGAAACUGGCUCAGCCGGAGCGUCUCCGGGUCAGGGAGGCACAGCAUUAUGGGGCCCUGGAGGCGCAGCAUCAGGGGCCCUGGAGGCGCAGCAUCAGGGGUCCUGGAGAUGCAGCAUCAGGGGGUCCUGGAGAUGCAGCAUUAAUGGGGCCCUGGAGGCACAGCAUCAGGGGCCCUGGAGGCGCAGCAUCAGGGGCCUUGGAGGCACAGCAUCAGGGGCCCUGGAGGCACAGCAUCAGGGGCCCUGGAGGUGCAGCAUCAGGGGCCCUGGAGGCACAGCAUCAGGGGCCCUGGAGGAGCAGCAUCAGGGGCCCUGGAGGCACAGCAUCAGGGGUCCUGGAGAUGCAGCAUCAGGGGGUCCUGGAGAUGCAGCAUCAGGGGGUCCUGGAGAUGCAGCAUCAGGGGCCCUAGAGGCACAGCAUCAGGGGUCCUGGAGGCGCAGCAUCAGGGGCCCUAGAGACGCAGCAUCAGGGGCCCUGGAGGUGCAGCAUCAGAGGCCCUGGAGGUACAGCAUCAGGGGCCCUGGAGGCGCAGCAUCAGAGGCCCUGGAGGUGCAGCAUCAGAGGCCCUGGAGGUGCAGCAUCAGAGGCCCUGGAGGUACAGCAUCAGGGGCCCUGGAGGUACAGCAUCAGGGGCCCUGGAGGCACAGCAUCAGGGGCCCUGGAGGCACAGCAUCAGGGGGGCCCUGGAGGCACAGCAUCAGGGGGGCCCUGGAGGCGCAGCAUCAGGGGGGCCCUGGAAGCGCAGCAUCAGGGGUCCUGGAGAUGCAGCAUCAGGGGGUCCUGGAGAUGCAGCAUCAGGGGCCCUGGAGGUGCAGCAUCAGGGGGCCCUGGAGGCGCAGCAUCAGGGGCCCUGGAGGCGCAGCAUCAGGGGGGCCCUGGAGGCGCAGCAUCAGGGGUCCUGGAGAUGCAGCAUCAGGGGGUCCUGGAGAUGCAGCAUCAGGGGCCCUGGAGGUGCAGCAUCAGGGGCCCUGGAGGUGCAGCAUCAGGGGCCCUGGAGGCACAGCAUCAGAGGCCCUGGAGGUGCAGCAUCAGGGGCCCUGGAGGUGCAGCAUCAGGGGCCCUGGAGGUGCAGCAUCAGGGGUCCUGGAGGCACAGCAUCAGGGGGCCCUGGAGGCGCAGCAUCAGGGGGGCCCUGGAGGCGCAGCAUCAGCAGCAUCUCCCGGCCUCUGGAGAAGGCCCCGGGAUUUACCUGUUGUGCGGCUUCCCUUAGAAGAGGCACACAGACUCAAUUUAAAACCUGAUUACUUUUUCCAUGGCGGCGAAGACUUAUAA